AUGAUGCAUCAGAUUUACAGCUGCAGUGAUGAAAAUAUAGAAGUUUUCACUACGGUGAUUCCUUCCAAGGUGUCCAGUCCAGGCAGAAGAAGAGUCAAAAGUUCUCAACACAUCUUGACCAAGAAUGUGGUGAUCGAGUCAGACCUCUACGCCCCCAGGCCCUUGGAGCUGCUGCCUAACCGUAGGGACCGCAGCGACUUAGAGGCCCGCAGGUCCAGCAGGUUCCAGACCACAAGGCAGCCAGGACCACACCAGGCGAAAGUCCCCACCAGGUCUGUGGGGAUUUCUGAACCCAAAUCAUCAAAUCUGUGUGGGAAUCGAGCAUAUGGAAAAUCUUUGAUCCCUCCUGUUGCCCGGAUCUCAGUGAAAGCUCCUGCCCUCCAGGAGGCGGCAGCCACAGGCUCAGAGAAUGGAGCAGUCCUGACAAGAGGAUCCAGACAUCUCAAGAAGAUGACUGAAGACUAUCCAACACUUCCCCAAGGAGCAGAAGCCUCCCUUCCACUGACAGGAAGUGCCUCCUGCGGUGUCCCUAGCAUCCUACGAAAAAUGUGGACAAGGCACAAGAAGAAGUCAGAAUAUGUGGGAGCUACCAACAGCGCGUUUGAGGCUGACUAAAGCUGACCCUCCCCAGGUGCCCUGCAUUGACCGAAGUUCCCUACACAGGGAAAAAAUCUUCCAGAUUGGAACUGAGCCACAACCACCUCGACUAGUAGCGGGUCCAAACACAUCACCCUCCCUUACUAGCCAAUCACCUUGGUGUAGAUCACAGGAGAACAACUUCCCUUGAAGGCAAAAGAAAACUGUUCCUUCUUAGAAUCAUUAAAGCCAUUGAUCUGAAAAUGGCUUUAGGAGACUAUAAAGUUUAUAUCCACGUCUUUAAGCAGAACCACACCAAAAUAAAAUUUUCUCCACCCAUAUUAAAGACUUCCAAGGAAGGAAGUGAGCAAUUUCUCUCUUCCUUGUAAAUCGUUCUAAUAUAUGUGAUUUCUGGUAUAAACCUAAGAUCGUGAAGUUUGAAGCACUUGUACACACAGUGGUUCUUACUCUUCCAGCUGUCACAUUCAUUUCAUCUUGACAAGGUACGAUUUUUAAUGACAAAACACUAUGUAUUUACUUAGUCCUUCUAAUACUCGAGAAUAUUAUCAAGAUCAGUUUUGAUAAUCAUUUGCAUGAUCGCAUGAUUGCA